AGAAACGGGAAGUUCUCCGCCCCGGACCAGCCUCCAACCACCCCCCCUCCCCUCGACUCCCCGCCACACAUAGAGGUCGGAGCCAGGGACUCAACCGGACACUGGAGCUCCGCUGUUGUUUCGCUACAAGGCGAAUGUGAAAGUCUCGGCUCGUCCUGGCACCGCAAGUGGAAACGAACCCAUCCGAGGGACCGGGUGAAAAGAGAAGAUGACCGGGACGACUGGAAGUUUGUCCCUGCUCCUUUUGGCUCGUCUCUUCCUGACGGUGGAGUCCCAGACGGUGUUACCACCACAGAAUCUGUCCCUGCUCUGGAUCGAAGACAUUAAACCUAUGUUGACCUGGACACAACCACAGCACUCAGGGACGAACUGCACCUAUGUCGUGAGAGACAAUGACGAAGACAUCGCAACUAACAAAACUUGCGCUUCUCUUCCCUGGAGCUGGCAAAAAACAUUUCUGAAAUUAUCCGUUCAAACUGUCUGUGAUGAAGGAAAAAGCAAGUCAACUGUCCUCGACGGCUCUUAUCCAGAGAUGGUGAGGAAUGUGAAGGUCUACUGGUACUCUGCAGAAAACGCCAGCGUCUUCUGGGAGCCAGCCGUUCCCGGGACAGUUGUUGAUUUUUUCUAUCGACUGCUGAAACAGAAUCUUAGUAGACCUUGUUGUGACCCCCUCCCUUCCCUGCAAGAGUGCUCGUCGUACAGUUUCACCGAAGGCGUCAGGACCGGCUGUGAGCUGCAGGUCGACCUCAUGCAGAGCAUUCAAAUCUUGUUCAAGGGGACGGAGAACAAGAAGCUUUUCAGGAACACCUUCGAGAUGUGGCCGCUAAAGGAUUUUAUUGUGAAACUGCCUCCCCUUGAGUGGACAGUAACAAAGACUGUGAAUACAUUCAACAUCAACUGGAUUACCCCUCGCACCAGAGAUCAUUUUAAGAAGUUCGUGCUUAAUAUCACUGAGUGUGAGACAUUAAUGGCUAUACCGAUAACAACAGAAAUAGAACAAACAUCAACUGAGUGGACCGUGAAGCCUCACUGUCGGUACCACAUGACGAUGCAAGCUGUGUACAAAGUAUUCACUACACCGUGGAGUGAGGAGAAGUCUUUUGAUGCAGAUGCCGAUCCUAACGCGUAUCUGUAUGCAGUGGUCCUCAUCCCAUUGAUGUUAGCUGGCCUGACAGCCCUGACCUUUGUGUGUUGCAGGGAGCACAUAUGGAAAAAGAAUCACAUCUUCCCCAAAGUACCACAACCUCGGGACUUCCUCACAGAUAUUUCUGACAGCAACAAUAAGAGCACUGUUGGCUAUCUGUACUUCCCAGCAGAGGAAGAGAACUGUACAAUCUCACUGGUGUUAGAGCCUGAAAUCGACAAACAAACAAAACUCUGCAGUUGUGACAAUCAUCAAAAGACUGAUGAAAGUCUCCUGAGCUCCUGUUGAACCGGCUCAAGAGGACAAUGGGAGACUGUGCCGUCGAAGAGGACGCGUCCGCUGGUCAGAACGUCGAACAAGCUUUCUUAUUGGCAUGUCGAUGAGGUGUGUCAAAGAAACUGUGGCAGAAACAUUGAGCUGAUGCUGCUAGAAUCCAACUUCACCGAGCGUACUCAAUCAACGAGAUUCAAGAUGUGCUAACAGAAACGUUGCUUUCCAAUUGUCUAGACAUUUUCCAGAGUUAUUUUUACGCACAGUAGCCGUUCCCUUUUCAGUCCUGGUACAUUUUACCCACGCAGUCAUGCAGCAACCCCAGCAGCAGCAGAGCAGAGUUUAUCCGAUCUGUAGCGUCUGAACAACCAGUCGUUCUGCAGCGACACAUUUGCAUACAAUAAAUUCACUUUUUCACGAUUGUUUUAGCAUUUAUAAGUUGUUGUUAUAAAAUGUUGUCAUCUACUGUAGCUGUUACCUGAAUGUGUAAUCAAUUCAACACUCGUGAUGUAUCAGCACUGGUGCUUGACUGUUUGAGAUGGUUUCCACUGUUAAUGUAUUUAUUUUUUUAGACUUGCUGGUGAAACAUAAAGAGCUAAUAAAUCAUAAAGCUUGGCUCGGCAAUGUGCUGAAGAGCUGCUUUUUCUUGACAA